GUUCUGGCUUUCUUUCCCUCCUCCGGUACGGCUCUGGCUUUCUUUCCCUCCCCUGCAGCCGGACAAGCGGCUUUUCCCCCCGGGGCUUCGUGGAGUUUGCUUGGGGAAAGCUGGGAAGGAGGCACGGCCCGGUCAGAGGCUAAAAAUGGCUCUUGGACACUGUGAAACCAAUGAGGUUCUGAGAAUUACUGCUGAGCAGGAACAUGCCCUUGGUGGUGAUGGCACAUCAGGAUCCAGGAUGAUGGACCAAAGCUUGUCAGCUCUCAUCACAGAGUAUGGAAAACAGGUGGAGGAAAUGAGAGAACAGCUGCAGCUUUAUCAGGCACAAAUGGGUGGGAUGAAGCUAAAAUUGGAAGAAGUCACCAAGGAAAAUGAAAGGCUGCAUGCAGAGUUGAAAGAGCCUCUUGAGAAGCAACUGGAGGCUCUUCCUUUUGUGCAUCUGGAAACUGAUAUUCCUGCAGAUGAAGGCACAGUGAGAGCCCUUCAAGAAGAACUACGGCUGGCAAAACAAGAGAGAGACCAAGCAGUUGAGCGCUGGCAGACGUUGUCACAGGAGCAUGACCGGCUUCAGCAGCAGUACCAGGAGCGCCUGACUAGAACACACGUGCUCAUAGCUGAAAGGAAAAAGCAGAGUGAUCAACUGAGUAGCAUUCAGCAGCUGACUCGCCAACUGCACGUGACCAAUCAGCAGUUUCUGAAAACUGUGACAGAACAAGAUGUGGAACUAGAGCAACUACGAAAACAAUUAAGGCAAGCCAAAAUAGAUGGGCAGGCAGCAAAUGCUAAGCUUGAAGAAAUGAUGGCAUUGAAAGAGAAGCUUCAGAGCCAAUUGGAGAGAAAGGAAGAAGAUAGGAUGUCUGCCCAGGAGAGAGAAACAGCAUCUGACAAACGCUUGCAGCAAAUGCAGUCUAACAUAAAACAGUUAGAAAUAAGAUUGUGUGUGGCUGUUCAAGAUGCUGAACAGCUGAGAACAGAAAAAGUAGCCCUGGAGGAACAGAUCAGAGAGCUUCAGGCCAAGUCUGCCAGUCUAGAAAGUGAGACAUAUGAUGCUGUUGCAAAAGUCCAAGAUUGCAUACAGCUCUUGGAAGAAGCUAACCUGCAAAAAAGUCAGGCACUCUUUGGGGAGAAACAAAAGGAAGAAGAGAUCAAAAAACUGCAGGAUGAAAUGUCUCAACUUGCAGAAAAUACAGCUGCAAGAAUUAGAAAGGAAGUAGACACUGCAAAGAAGCAAUGUAACAUGCAGGUUUCUCGGCUGACAGAAGAAAUUUCAGCUCUUCAGAUGGAAUGUGGAGAAAAACAAAGUCAAAUUGAACGAGCCAUUAGAGAAAAGAGAGCAGUGGAAGAAGAACUUGAAAAGAUUUACAGGGAGCACAGGGAGCAUGAAUCUGACAGUAGGAAGCUCGAGCAGCUGCAUCAGAAGUAUUUACUUGCAGAAGCUGCCAAGGAUGACCUGCAGAGGAGUCUGCAGGUGACACAAAAUAAACUGAAACAACUGGAAAUGAACUCUGAGGAAGAGAAAUCCCGUUGCCAGGAAGUUAUCUGUAAAUUGCAAAGCACUCUGGAUUCAGAAAGAGAAAAGAGUUCCUUUGUCAGUGAACAAAGACUUAAACUUCAGCAGGAGAAUGAACAGUUGCAAAAUGAAAUGGAAGGUUUGAGAAAACUGGCAGCAGAGGCUCAAAAAAAAGCUAAAAUAAAGAUAAGCACGAUGGAGCAUGAGCAUGCAGUGAAAGAACGUGGUUAUGAAGCUCGACUCAGGGAGAUGGAGGACACCAGUCACAAAUCCACGGCUGAGCUCAGACGUCUCUUAGUAGCUCAGCAGAAAGCAACAAACAGGUGGAAAGAAGAAACAAAAAACCUCACUGAAACUGCAGAAGCCAGGAUCGGUAAGCUGAAAAGUGAGCUGCGUCAACAAAAACUCCGUAGCCAGGAGCUCAUUUCCCAGCUGGAAAUAGCAAAUGAGAAGGUAACUGAGGAUGAGACGUUGAUGAUGGAAUAUCGGGAAUACAUCGACAGGCUUCAGAGGCGGCUGAGCCAGGCGGAACAGAGAGCAGCCACAGCAUCCCAGCAGCUCAGCCUGAUAACUACACAGAAUAAAAAAGCUGCUUCCCUGAAGGAUCUGGAAAAUAUUUAAACAUGUGUUUUUAUCAUUCAUUUAUCAACUCCUAUUCAUGGUGGAAGUUAGGAGGGUUGCUGGAGAAACUUCAAAUUGGAGCACUACAGUCAAAAGCACAGCAAGGCUUGUAAAACUUAAAUUCUGGUAAGAAAGGGAGUGGAUGAAGAUGCUGUCUCUGUAUGCACAAUAAAGAUUGGAAGAACACUGCAAAA